UGACCAGUGACGUCAUUAGGACAUGGCAGCCUCCUUGUUUAAUAAAUAGACACAAGGUCCGAGCUGGUAAACAAAAACACGCUUCGAUUUUUUUUUUCCCAGGAGCUACAUUUGAAAGGCGGAAGUGCGGAAUCAGCCAUGUCUCCAAAGAUCACAGGGGAGCUUCUGCGGCUACUUCGGCAGACAAUGAGGAACUGUAAAUAUUUCUCAGAGCCGAUCCAUGCCUACAUAGUACCAUCUGGAGAUGCACAUCAGAGUGAAUACAUUGCUCCUUGUGACUGCAGGCGGGAAUAUAUCUGCGGAUUCAAUGGUUCUGCAGGAACAGCCAUUAUCACAGAGCAGCAUGCUGCCAUGUGGACGGACGGGAGGUAUUUCCUCCAGGCCAGCCAGCAGAUGGACAGCAACUGGACUCUUAUGAAGAUGGGACUGAAGGAGACGCCAUCACAGGAGGACUGGCUGAUCAGCGUCUUGCCUGAAAACUCCAAAGUGGGAGUAGAUCCUUGGAUCAUUGCUGCUGACCAGUGGAAGAACAUGUCUAAAGCGCUGACCAGUGCCGGCCACUCACUGGUGGCGGUGCCAGACAACCUGAUCGAUGCCGUGUGGACGGACCGACCUGAGCGACCGAGCACGCAGCUCCGCACGCUGGGACUGGAAUACACUGGAAUCUCCUGGCAGGAUAAAAUCACGAAGCUUCGGGCCAAGAUGACUGAGAGGAAGAUCAGCUGGUUUGUCGCCACAGCUCUGGAUGAGAUCGCUUGGCUUUUCAACCUUCGAGGUGCAGACAUCAACUACAACCCAGUGUUUUUCGCAUAUGCCAUCGUGGGAAUGAACUCCAUAAGGCUUUUUGUGGACCUGAAGCGCCUUUCUGACCCUGUAGUAAGGGACCACCUGCAACUGGACUCCCCCAGCCUACCUGAGCUGAGCAUCCAGACGUUCCCGUAUGAGUCUGUUUACACGGAGCUCCAGGCGAUCUGUGCUGCGCUCGGACCCAGAGAUAAAGUGUGGAUUUGUGACAAGGCCAGCUGUGCUCUCACACAGGCCAUUCCCAAGGUUCACAGGUCUCCAAUUCCCUACACUCCGCUCUGCCUGGCUAAAGCUGUAAAGAAUGUCACAGAGAUCAAAGGAAUGAAAAUGGCCCAUAUCAAGGAUGCGGUUGCUCUGUGUGAACUGUUUGCCUGGUUGGAAAAGGAGAUUCCCCAAGGCAACGUGACUGAGAUCUCUGCAGCCGAUAAAGCAGAGGAACUUCGCAGUCAGCAAGCAGACUUUGUUGGCCUCAGCUUCCCCACUAUCUCCAGCGUGGGUCCAAACGGAGCCAUCAUACAUUACAGGCCCCUUCCUGAAACCAAUAGAACUCUCACAGUGAAUGAAGUUUAUCUGAUCGACUCUGGAGCUCAAUACAUCGAUGGAACCACAGACGUCACACGUACCAUGCACUUUGGGACACCCUCUGCUUUUGAGAAGGAAUGCUUCACUUAUGUGCUCAAGGGACACAUAGCUGUCAGUGCUGCCAUUUUCCCCAAUGGAACUAAAGGCCAUCUUCUGGACUCGUUUGCCCGUGCGGCUCUGUGGGAAUCUGGAUUGGACUACCUUCAUGGAACGGGUCAUGGGGUUGGUUGUUUCCUCAAUGUCCAUGAGGGGCCCUGCGGCAUCAGCUACAAAACCUUUGCUGAUGAACCUCUGGAGCCUGGCAUGAUCGUCAGUGAUGAGCCUGGAUACUAUGAAGAUGGAUCCUUUGGGAUUCGCAUUGAAAAUGUGGUCCUUGUUGUUCCUGCUAAACCCAAAUACAACUACAGAAACAGGGGGAGUCUGACAUUCGAGCCUCUGACUUUGGUUCCCAUCCAAGUGAAAAUGAUGAACACAGAGCUGCUCACACAGAAAGAGAAGGACUGGGUGAACGAGUACCACCGGAGGUGCAGGGAGGUGGUGGGAGCUGAGCUGGAGCGACAGGGCAGAAUGGAGGCUCUGCAGUGGCUGAUCAGGGAGACGCAGCCCAUCAUGUGAAUCUUACAGGGACUGACAUCUCCCACCCCGGUCCACCAGUGACUGCUCUGCAUCGAUAAUCGUUUGACUUCUGUUCUCUGUCUGUGAUCCACUCUCUCCUUUUUUUAAACAACAUCACCAGCUUUAUUAAACCUGUUAAUAGUCAAGCUUUUGAUUCUUUUUCUAUUUGAUGUCUCAGUAAUGUGACGGUGAUGUUUUUAAAGGUUUCGUCAAACUUUCCAUUAAAAGUACAAUGAGUAACAUUGAA